UUCAUUUGCAGUAUCACUUUUUCCAACCACCGCUGGAUGCAGAAUCACAGUACGUGUCGAUGCAUUUAUGCUUCAUCAUACAGCAGCAUGAGUCAGGUCAGCCCUUCUCUCAGACAUUUCUUCUUCGGCUUCAACGUCUUCUUUUUGCUCAUAGUGGGACUCAUUACAACUCCGGCUCUGCUGUUUAAAUGUUAUCAUGACAAUUUUGAAGUUCAGACAACCCACCUUUACAUCUUUGCCUCCGUUACCGUGGUGAUCAGCAUCUUGGGGGCUCACGGAGCCCACACGGCAAACCUGAUGAGCCUAACUGUGUUCCUGCUGUGCACGUUCAUUGGAAGUCUGCUGAUGCUCAGAGCUGGAGCUAUCACUGCUGCAGCCCGACCAAACUUGGGGCAUGUGAUGGAGGAAAGGUUUCGUUUGCUUUUGCCACUGGAUCGGGCUUCAGGUGACAUCAGGGAUCAGGUUGAAAGACUACAGACAUCAUUGCACUGCUGUGGUCUGUUUGGCUACAAAGACUGGGAGAACAGCAUCCCUGAUUCCUGCCUGUGCAAACAGGAUGUAGAGGAAUGUCAGACAGUCAGCUACACAAACUUCCUGUUGAACCUUUUCUGGCAGAAGAAGUCUGUCUUCACACAGCCCUGCUUUCCCAUCAUCAGCAGCAGGGUUGUAAGAAAUGCCAAUAUCACCCUGGGCGUGAUCUUUGGUCUCUUUGUUCUAACACUCUUCGGCAUGGUGCUGUCAUCACUGCUGAUCUAUCAGAUGUAUAACACGAGCAUCAGGUUGAACUGCCAGUGGAUGGACCAGCCACCUGCCUACGAGCUGCUGGACGACACGCCAGAGAAGACGCCUUCAGCCUCAAACCCUCCUCACAACUUUCAGUUAUAGAGCUGGUGUUAGUCUAAACCACCUAUACUAAAUCAAUCAAUUAACUCAUUCACUGCCAUUGACAUCUAUAGCCGUCAAUUGCAGUGAAUGAGUCAAUGGGUUUAACUCAUUCACUGCCAAUGGCUGGCAGUGAAUGAGUUAAUCUAAUGGGACAUGACCUGAUAAAGACAGAGGGAAUGGACACAGGCUACUUAUACACUGGGGAUAGAAGGGUAAUAUAUCAUAUAUCAGUAAUAUCAUAUCUGUGGAAUAAAAAAAAUAAAUAAAAAAGGAACCUUCAGAUGUUGUUUGGUGACAGAAAAUAUAUAUAUAUGAUUAAAUAUCAGAUAAGCAGAUUCAAUCUGUUUGUAAUCUUUCCUCUGUGCUGAGCUUCGUAUCUCCCACCCCCUCACCGCUUUGAGGGCGAGCUGGAGUUAAGGGAGAGCUGUCAUGGUUCUGAGUCUUUGACUCAGCAUUUUGAGUUUUGUUCUGGACUUGGUAUUUAUUUCUUUGAAAGGUUAAAAUAAUUAAUGUUCUAGUUUCUUAGUUUGUUAUUUAUAGUUCUUGAUUUUUUUUGUUUUGUUAUGUUAGUUAUCCCUUUAUCCCCAGUCCCAGCGUCAGGUUCACAUGACUUAGUUUCAGUGUGUGUGUUUGUCAGUUUCUCUGUUGAGUCCUCCCACACAUUCCAUUUCACAGGACAGCUCUGGUAUUUAGUUCCAGGUUUCCCCUCUCUUUCCCAUAUUUUCUUACUAUUAACAGUUCAUUUGCUACAGCGAGACAUAGUCUGAUGAACUGCCAGCAACCACAAAAGCACUUUGUGUCAACUCGUGUUAUUCCCAAGUAUGGUGUAUUAAUAAAAGUGUUUAGGCUACUGUACAUGAAAAAGUAGCCAAUUAGUAAAACAGUUAUUUUGAAAAAGGAGAGCAAAAGAAUAUAAAAAUGACAAGAAUACUUAUCAUUUCCUUUUCUCAUUACUGGUCUGUUUUCCUCAAAGCUGCAUAUUGUGUAACAAUGACCACAGACUUAGUGGAUUUUUUUCUGCACUGUUUUUACACACUCAAAAAAAAAAAACAGCCUAUACGGCUGUUGAUGUUUAAGGUCUGGGAAAGCUUUUAUUAAUUCUCUCUCUCUUCCAACGAAAGUAAAACUCCUGGAAGCAAAAUGAGUCACAGCUGGAUGUUUAAAAUGCGUGCACGUGAGCCCAACAACGUCCAUACAGCUUUUCUCUCCGGCUCAGCAGCAAAAAUUUUCCACUGCUGCUCCUGGUGCCAAAACAUUGCGUUUGUGUGUGUGUGUGUGUGUGUGUGUGUGUGUGUGUGUGUGUGUGUGUGUGUGUGUGAGUUAUGCCUAAUAUAUUUGCUUGUAAUGAUAAAUAGUUUGUAGUGAACAGGAUUUAAGAUAAGAGUAUAACAUAAAGAAAUAGAAAUAUUAAAUAUCUUUAUGACUCUCUCUUAUUGACCGGUCACGCAGUCACACCAAAAUAAUUUGCGCACCUAUACGAUUCAAUAUACCAGCGCAAUUCAUCAUGGUGCCUUUAAGGGCACCUCGUAAAUUCAGGAAUACUGCAGCCAUAUAACUUGAAAACAACCACACGUGUAUCCAAAAACAUUUUUAAUAACAGUGUGGUGGUGUUUGCAGAAAACAAGUUUUAAAUUUUUUCUUUGAAUGCGCUCAUGCUACAGUGAUUUCUAGGAUGUAAUCAUUUCAAAAUGUUGCAGUUGUAAAAAUCCGUAAAUGAUCACCGUCAGCUUGCCUGCUGUGACAAACUGAACAAGAAUAUAAGGUUAAUAAUUAAUGGCGGCUGAUAACCGCUUGGUUGUUAGAUCCUUUGAAGUGUGUAACUAUGUCUGUAUAUUAGUGUGUACUUUGUAUUUUCAUUUUAUUUUUUGUAAAAAAUGAAGGAUAUUACAAACAGUCCUGUUGAUGUGUUAAAUAAAAAAAUGAAAUUUGGUGGUAAAAAUGAAAUAUUUAGAAGCUACCUUAUUGAUUUUAGCAUUAAAUUAUAAUAAACUUUAUCAACAGGAACUCCAAAAUGGUUAUAGAUAUGUUUAUCCCAGCAAAGGGAAAUAAAUCCCCCAGAAAAGCCUUGCAAGCGAUCUUGCAGUUUGGAUUACAGAAUUUAAGAGGUUCACCUAAAGGUAACAUGACGAACUGCGAACGCAUAUUGAACCGUAAAAAACCUUGUAGGUGCGCAAGUUAUAAUCACGAGGGGAUGGCCGCGGUCGUACAUAACCUGUGUUCCACAUCAGGCACGUGCUGGUGGGGGGCGGAAAUAGGGUUGCCAACUCCCUAAAAAAUAAAUUAAGGGACACCUCGUGGCCAGGG